AUGAAAUACUACGAGGAACCUGAGAGCAAAAGCAAACAACACAGAGAAACAGCAACCUCAGCUUCUGCAGGCCACACUAGCACGCACCCUGACUCUAGGCCAAGACCAAGGCCUGGCAAUGCCAGAGCCAGAGCCAGAGCGCAGGCGACGUUUGGUGAUGGUGGGAUGGGAGGGGCGGACUAGGCCCGAGCCCAUUAAACUGGUACAUGUAACACGGACAGACCCCUAUUCGUCGGUCAUGUCUCAAGUACUUGUGACCUGUCCAGGCCUGUCAUGCUCCUCAAGGGAAAUUACAGCGCAUUUGCUUGACAGCUUCAGGUAGUCUGACCGAGCAGGCCUGUCAAUAUCUGGUUGCUGAAACUUGGGCCUAGGCCAUGUCUUCUUAUUAGACCCUUUAUUCGAAUCCCUUGUCAUGGCUUUCUUCCAGGCUCUCGGCUCUCUAACGCUUUGUGCGGCAGAAUUUGAUACUCUGGAGGCACAAAGAGGGUUUCACCGGGGAUCUGUGACCCUAGUCUCCCGUGUGAUGGAUGGGAAGAAAACUCUGCAUUAUAGGGAUUGUUCCCGUUGGCUACCAGCAGAGACAAGCGACGAGGAUGCGUUGAGUGGCGAUGAAAUCAUUGUGCAGCCCACUCAAUCAAUGGCUGAGAGAUGAGGGAAUUAAAGAGAAAAAGACGCUCUGCCUUAAAAAGUCAUGAAUAAUUUCUGGAGAAAGGUGGCGCUCAUUGCCGCUACUCGUGUGGACGGCCCUGAGCGGUUGAGGAGACGGGUAGUUGAAUAAGGCGUUUUAGAGGGGAUUUGUGUGAUAAUUGGUUGUCUGUAAGUCACUGUCCAAUCUAAUCAGCCCAAUGACCCUCAUUUCAAGUGUCGUGACUCGCUGGUCGUUGGUCGUGCAAG